ACGCCGCCAGAACAUUUCGGUCGGUUUUUCGCGUUAUUUACGGACAUUUUCAGAAUCGUUUGCGCUGUUUGCUUAACAAAACAACACAACAAAAUGGUUCAAUCAAAUGGUGCCGAUUUGACCGAACAGGAGGCAGAACUGUACGAUCGUCAGAUUCGUUUGUGGGGCUUGGAUUCUCAGAAGCGUCUCCGUUCGGCCCGCAUUCUUAUUGCUGGCCUAAAUGGCCUGGGUGCGGAAAUAGCCAAAAACAUCAUUUUGGCCGGAGUCAAAUCUGUUACACUGCUGGACGACCGGAAAGUUACGGAAGAAGACUACUGUUCCCAAUUUCUGGUUCCGCAAUCGUCUCUCGGAAGCAACCGUGCCGAAGCGUCGCUUACACGUGCCCAGAUUUUAAAUCCGAUGGUUGAGUUGAAUGCCGACGCCGAAGCGCUCGAUUCGAAAGAAGACGCAUAUUUUAAGGGAUUUGAUGUGGUUUGUUUGAUCGGUGCAUCUACUGCACAACAUGUACGAGUGGACACCAUAUGCCGAGAAGCAGAUGUGAAAUUUUUCGCCACGGACGUUUGGGGCAUGUAUGGAUUCUGUUUUACCGAUUUACAAAAGCAUGAGUUCGCGGAGGAUGUCGUAAAGCAUGUGGUGGUAUCGAAACCACACGAGAAAAUCAAAACUGAAGCCAUCAGCACUACGGUGAAGUGUACGCUGGAAUUUCCACCAUAUCAGUGUCUGGUGGACUUCGAUUUUCGAGAUGCAUCGUACGCACGGUGUCUCAAAAGAAAUGGUCCAGCUCUUCCCGUACAACGAGUGUUGCAAAAAUUCCGUGACCAAGAACAGCGCGAUCCGGCCUAUGCCAAACGUGAGGAGGAUGUGAAGAAACUACUAGAACUGCGCGAUACGCUUGCCCCGGAGAUAAUUUCGGAUCCAUCUUUCGACCACGUGUUUGCCCAGAUCUCUCCCGUAGCCGCCAUAGUGGGAGGUGUUGUGGCACAUGAAAUCAUCAAGGUCGUCUCGCAGAAGGAAAGACCACACCGUAACGUGUUUCUGUUCAACCCGGACACAUGCUGCGGAUUCGUAGAUGCUAUCGGUACAGCGAUGUAAUGCUUAAAGUGAUUUUCUUUUAUAUAUAUGGCAUUGCGCCAUCAGGGGGUGCGAUUGCUCCACACCAAUUUACAACAGAAAAUUCGAUAACUUUAAUUUCAAUUCCAUAAUACAUACUCAUACGCGUGUUUCUUCUCAAUAAAUCUCUAUCAUAUCGUCAUCA